AAACUUCCUUAACAAAUGGUUAGUAAAGUAACUGUCAAUCUGGCGUUAGUAUAGAAAAUCUGUUUUCAUCGCAAUAACUGCACUCAAGAAUCCAUUAGAAACAUGACUGAAGGACUUUACUUAAAAGGAACAUUAAGAGGACACAAUGGAUGGAUUUCUCAAAUUGCCACAAAUCCAAAAUAUCCAGAAAUGAUUCUAUCGUCGUCUAGAGACAAAACCCUCAUUAUGUGGAAGUUGACUCGCGAUGACACAAACUAUGGAAUUCCUCAGAAACGUCUGAAGGGUCAUGGUCACUUUGUAACCGAUGUGGUGAUGUCUUCUGAUGGUCAGUAUGCUCUGUCUUGUUCUUGGGAUAAAACUCUGCGUUUGUGGGAUUUGUCUGUGGGAAACACAACUCGCCGGUUUGAAGACCAUACUAAAGACGUCUUGAGUGUAGCUUUUUCUGCUGAUAACCGUCAGAUAGUGUCCGGAUCUCGUGACAGAAGUAUCAAACUGUGGAAUACUUUGGCUCAGUGCAAGUAUACUAUUCAGGAUGAUGGACAUAGUGAUUGGGUCUCUUGUGUAAGAUUCUCUCCAAACAACAAUAAUCCUAUAAUUGUAUCCUGUGGUUGGGAUAAAUACGUUAAGGUAUGGAACCUGACCAACUGUCGACUGAAGACAAACCAUAUUGGCCACACUGGUUACCUCAACACUGUGACAGUUUCUCCAGAUGGAUCGUUGUGUGCCUCAGGUGGAAAAGAUUGUAAAGCUAUGCUGUGGGAUCUUAACGAGGGAAAGCAUCUCUACACCCUAGAUCACACUGACAUUAUUAAUAGUCUAUGCUUCAGCCCCAACCGCUACUGGUUAUGUGUUGCUACUGGCCCAAGCAUCAAGAUUUGGGACCUUGAAGGUAAGAACAUGGUUGACGAACUUCGACCUGAAGUGAUUACAACCAGUUCCAAAGCAGAGCCUCCUCAAUGUAUUUCUAUGGCCUGGUCUGCUGAUGGACAAACCUUAUUUGCAGGAUAUACAGACAAUCUGAUACGAGUUUGGCAGGUGUCAAUUGCUGCUCGCUAGCUAAGAAAAAAACUUAAUGGUGUAAUUCCACAAGUUUUCAUAGUUAUAUGAAUAAAACUUGGGGAUAACAAUUUGUGUAUGGUGUUAUCAUGAUCCAAUCAUGCAUGUAAUAAUAUUUCUAAAGAUAUUCGUCUUGUAUCUGGUGUCUUAAAAGAAUGUUAAUUGUAGGGGGGUUAUUAAUUUAAAAUCACCUGUUCACAAGCUAUUUUGUUUGUAAAUAUUUAAACGAGGUUAUUUGUAUUUAAUCUUUUUUUAGAAUGAUCUUGUGCAAGAUAUUGUAAAAUUACUUAUAAAUAUCUAGUGGCUUGCUCAAAUUGGGUAAGUUAAGAUUCAUUUUAAAAAUAAGGCUUAACUUUACUACUGAAAAUCUUGUAAUUUCAUUAUAAUGAUGUAUACAAUCUACUUGGCUGUUCCAAGAUUUGUAGAAACUGAAAAUUUUUACUUAAAAAGUUGAAUGUUGUUUUAGAUUUUACAAUACUUAGUUUAAUGUUCUGGUGCUUCACAUAAAUUGGAUAUGUUUAUGCCUCAGCUUUACAAACAUAUUAGUGCUACACUAGUCAAACUAGAAACAAUGUGCUUUUUAAAGAUCUGAUAUUUUGUGAUAAAUAUUAAAUCCAUUUAUUUGUAUUUAUGGCAAAGCUAUUUGCUGCCAUUAGAGGGAAGGCAAUCAGUCUGCAGCACCCAUCUAUCUAUGCUAAAGGACUGACUGUCACUCUUAUGAUGUACCUAUAGCUUGAAGUGUGAAUAAUAUUUUCUGAUAUCACACUUAUUCAAACUUUGUGUGCCAGCUCCAAAAUUCUGAGCUCUACCAAAGGGUAAAACCCUGCUCUAGAUUUAUAAAUUACACAAGUUUCUUUUGCUCUAAGUUUUAUGCCUCUAGUUUGUUAUACAUUGGAAUAGGUGAUUAAACCCAUUGUAUAAUAACCACUAAUAAAAAAAACAAACAUUUUUUUAUUUUAUUCUUUAGUAAUAUGUAUAUUUGGAGUCAUGCUAAACUCAUUAAAUACUGAUGCAAUUUGCAUUCAUUAUUAUUUAUAAAGAAAACAAAUAUUUAAGUUAAUAUUCUAUAAUUAUAUGUAAUGCUCUACAACUACUGCACCUAAUUUACCUAUUGAUAGUCUAGUGGUUUUUAUUCAUCAGUGUUUACCAUAAAAGAGCAGAAACACAAUCAGUUAUGGAUCACAACCUAAAAUUCACAAAUGAUAAUCAUAACAUUAAAUUUAACCUCAAUUUUCAAACAAGCUUUCUAAUUUUCUAAGCUUUUACUAGCACAUCAAAGUAUGAACUUCCAUAGUUUUUCUAAUGAUUUUUAAAUGCCUACACUUUUUCUUUGCCUAACUCCAAACUUUUGUGGCCAUGAAAACAAACAGUAAGCUACAAAGAUAAACUAUCUUUUUGUAAUUCAAUAACAAAUAUAAUCCUCAAACUAUCAGUAAGAUUCACUGACUUUUUAAAAAUGUUUUUUCUAAACUGUUGGUUACAAGGUCUGUGAUAAAACACCAGUCAUAAAAAAUUAACCAUUUGUAUUGCAAUGUUUAACAGUCAAAAUCAUGAUACUGAUCUAAUGCCGCGUGUGGACCCAACUUCAAUAAGUUAGUCAAAGGCAUUUUCAGCUUCUCAAGUUACAAUAAUAAAUUUAGAUUUGGCUUAAAUCUAUUUUUAAUUCCAAUCUAAGAAAAAUGUAAAUGUUGUACAGUCAGAAAUUUCUUGUCUUACAUUUUAGUGUUUUUUAUACAUUCCUUCAUAUAAAUAUUUGUGUAAAGCAGCAGCAUAUGUCAUAGAUAUUUAAUCUGAUAAUGGAAAAGUUCAAAACUUGACAGUUUUGCUAGAAUACCAAUUUAUUUAUAGCAGUUUGUAUUUAGUUCAAUGUACAAAAAAGUAUUACUUAACAUAUCCUUCUAGAACUACUUACAUUUUUGUUUAUUUUUAGAAUGACAGUGAAUCACUUAUGGACAUUUUCCACAAACAGCAGUACAAAAUUUUACAUCCAAAAUUUGCUUACAUCAUUGAGGUCUAAAGAUACUGUAGUUUAAUUUUUAUUUUUAUUAGUAACUUUAAUUUUUUUAUUAAAUAUACUAUCAGUUACUUGUUUAAAAUAUUUAUUUCAAGGAACCGGUCAAUAGUACUGGCCAGUACAUAUCUAUUGUUAACAAAAUAGCUGUACUGUACGUCACUUUUAUAAUACGUAAAUAGUUAAUAAAUGCUCAGCAGCUUAUCAUAAACUCAAAUCAUAAAAUGCAUAGCUUUAUCACCUCGUUAGAUACUGAUAAGAAAGAUUACCAGUCAUAUUUUAUGUAGGAACUUUUUGCAAUGCAUUCGCUUCCUAUGAAGCAAUAAGUCGAUAAUUAUUUUUUUAUUGGCAAAAAACAUCUUGUAUUUGUUACAUUUUAUCUUUCUUUCUUUUAAAAUUUUCCUUUAUAUGUGCAUAUAUAUAUAUAAUUUUUAAAUACAAAAUAGGAAGAAAAUCUCCUUACCAAUCAUAUAUACAUGUAGAGUUAUUUUUAUAAAUAAUAAUAAUAUACAAAACAUCAACUACGUUUUUCUACUACCAAAUACAUUCUUCUCCAACUAUAAGAGAUCUAAAUAAUGUAAAUUUGAAGAAUUACAUUAAUUAAUAUAACUGUUUUUUAAAAGAUAUGUACAAUGAUUUCAAUGUUUUUAUAGCAUUCAUUUACUCUCUUACAGGAUAAUUCAAAAGUUAUUUGUCCCAGAUUAUUAUACUAAUUCUUCUUUGAUGUAGUUUAGGCAGAGUAUUCGUAUUAAGUUGACUGUGAAAUGAGCAUGAACUGCCUAUUAAAAAAACGCAUGAAUAUAUUGGUGACUAUACAAACUACUUGUGCAGCUAAGUAGUGUAGAGCAGUGUAGUUCAACUGGCAGCCUGCGAGGUCUCUUUCUUUGACCCUAAGAAAAUUUGAAUAUCCAUAAAAGAUUGAUGAAAGUCAAAAUUCAGAAAUAAAAUAAUUAAUAUCUUAAAACCUAUCAGUUCCUAAAAUUUUUGUCAUGAAGGCUAUUCAAAAGUGCUUACUCGUGGCAUUUAGUUGUUAAUCUUACUACAGCUUGGAUUUGUUUUUGCCUGCUGCACAGUCACAAUGCUGACUGGUUGUUUUAAUCGUGUGAUCUCGGGAGCAUUGCACAUACGUGCUUAGCCUUAGUCAGUAUUUACUGUUGGCAGCCACCACACUUCAACAUGACAGUAAUUUGUGUUUGUGCUUUUGAAGUAAUUAAUCCAAAGUGAAUGCAUUUAAUAAUUACAUUGUAAUUUAGAAUUCUUUGU